AUGGCCAGAAACAGAGGGCACUCUGUUUUUCUCCUCCUCCUUGCAGCAUCAAUCCUGGCCCUGGCUUUCCUCCCGAACCCGGUCGAACCGCUAACCGGAGUCACCGACGUCCAAGCCCUCCGGGCAAUCAAGGAGUCAAUCGACCCGGUGACCAUCACCCCGACGUCGUUCCUCUACAGCUGGGACUUCAACGUCGACCCCUGCGACAGCUCCGGCUCGUUCCUCGGCGUCCUCUGUUCCUUCCCGCUCGACAAUUCGAGCAGCAGGGUGAUCGCGAUCGGCCUCGACGACGCGGGUUACGACGGGUUCCUGAGCCCGCUGAUCGGAAACCUGACCGAGCUGGUCACCCUCGACCUGACGAGGAACAAGUUCCGCGGACCGCUCCCGGAGAGCAUCAUCAACCUCAGGCAGCUCACCAAGCUCCUAAUUUCCGAGAAUCUCUUCACGGGCCAGAUCCCCGACGCGAUCACCAAGCUGAAACUCCUUCAGGAAGCCGACCUUUCCUACAACCACUUCUCCGGUAGCGUUCCGGCGAAGAUCGCCGUGCUGCGGAGCUUGAACCGGCUGAUCCUCUCGAACAACGCGCUCUCCGGAAGGCUCCCUGAUCUCUCCGGGCUGUGGCAGCUCAGCGCGCUGGACGUCAGCUCGAACAAUCUGUACGGGAACAUCCCCAGGCUGCCGUUGAACCUGAAGACUCUGUUUAUGAGCCACAAUGUGUUCUCCGGCCACGUCUCGCCGGUCAAGCACCUGCAGAAGCUUCUGGUUCUUGACGUCAGCGACAACCGGUUGUCGGGUCGGGUCCUGCAGCAGGUCCUGACCCUCUCGUCGGUGGUCCGAUUGAAUGUGUCCAGGAACCAUUUCACGGCGAUGGAUCCGAUCGAUUUCCCCGGGAUUGAGACGCAUUUGCAGUCGCUGGAUGCGAAUGACAACCAGCUCCGGGGACAUUUGCCGGUGACGUUGGCCGGGCUCGAGAACCUGACGGCGCUGGAUCUGUCGCACAAUUACUUGUCCGGUUCGAUUCCGAGGGAGUACGGGGCCAAAGUGGGGAAGCCGUGGAAGUAUUUGUACUUGAAUGACAACUUUCUGCAGGGGAACCUGCCGCCGCAAUUGGCGGCGGCCGGAGGAGGGGAGAUUAGAGGGAGCCUGGCGAACAACUGCUUGAGAUGCUCGAGCAACAUUCGGCUCUGCCGCGGCGGUCAGCGGCCGCACGCCGUUUGCACCGCGCAGAGGCGGCGGUGGUGA